AUGGCACAAGGAACUCCACGUAAAUUUGCGGAAAAAAUUGCAAUAAUGGAAAGGAAGCAAAAUGAAGAUCAAGAAUUAUUUACCUCUGUUAUGCGUGAUGUUCGUGCAAUUACCAGUAAUUGUACUGCAUCACCAUCAGUAUGUUCCAGUCCUCAGGCUCUUGCACCACCAAUACAUUGGAAUAAUCGUUCGGGUAGUUCAUUACCAAAUGUUCAUGAAAUGGUACAACAACAACCAAAUGUUCGUAAUUGGCCAUAUUGGCCUAGUUCAUCACAAAUAAAUCCAUCACAUCAUUCACGUGGUCGUACACCUGGUACCACAACACAUUAUCAUCCAUAUAAAUCAUCCAAACAACAUGAACGUUAUUCACCAAUUGAUCAAUUGGAUUAUCAACAUUUACAUUGUUCAGCAAGUAAUCAUUUACGACCACCAGAUAUGUUAUGGCCAAAAGCUCGUAGCGAUCCAACAAUAUCAAUAAAUUUAUAUCAACAACAAGAACGACCGGAAAAUUUCAACAUACAAGAUUUGACAAUUUUAUCAUCAAAUCAAUUAUCACCAUUAGAACAAUCAUUAUCAUCAUUUCAUCAUGCAACAGAUUCAUAUAAUGGUAUUAUGCAACAAAAGGUUAUCUAUGAUAACAAGGAUAUCGCGGUUGGUUCAUUACCAGAUAUACCAACUCCAAUUGCUUCAAUACAAUCAUGUCCAUAUCAUCAUCAUCAUCAUCAUCAAACAAUUGCACAACGACAUAGUACAGGUUUAUGUCAAACUUUAGCUACUCCACCAUCAUCAUCUGAAUCACAAUCAGCGCCAACAAGUCCAGCUCAAAGUAUUGAAUUACCAGUACCAACAUCAUGGCCACAACGACAUUACUCAAACAGUCCCGAAUCACGGGAAAUUCCAAAUAUUGUCCUAACGGGUACCGAUGGAGAACUCGAUUGCUUUCAGGAUUUACAGGAUUUACAUUUAGAUGCCAAUGAAUUACAACAAUUGCUAAGUAGUGGUGGACAAGUUGAUCCUGCAGGUGAAACACAACUUGAAUAA